CACAGACCUUGUACCCCUGUUGCCUCUCCCGCGUUCCUCCCUCCAAUCCCGCCGUCCUGCUUCCUUUGGCGCCGCCGGCCUCCGCGUUCCGGCGGCCAACUACGUCUUCGAUAUCUCGCCCUACCUCGCCGGUUGAUUUUCUUCUUCCAGUCAUACUGUGCGGCGGCUCCACACAACAAGAGCCCGCCCCCCCUUUUAGCUUUGCGGCGCUUGAAAUGCUACUUUACUCUCCUCCACCUUGUUCCUCUAUCUUAUCCACUAAACGUCGUCUCCCAAAGCUCACCGCAUCGCCCAGAUUCGUUGAAAACAGCAAGCUUGGACUGUUACAGAGACAGCCGGGCAGAAUGGCAUUGUCGCGUUCACCGAUUCGAUCAUUCAAUUUGGAAGGAUCCAUCGAAAGCGAUAACCAGGGUUUGUCAUCUCAGAGAAAUGAGGGCUCUACUAUCCAUGGGGUUUCUGAAACUAUUAUUGGUGUGUUGGGUGGAGGUCAGUUAGGUAGGAUGUUGUGUCAAGCUGCAAGCCUCAUGGCCAUUAAGGUUCUGACUUUGGACCCUUCGGAGGAUUCUCCUGCAAGCUCUCUCUCCUAUCAACAUUUUGUAGGUCGAUUUGACGAUGGUGAUGCGGUUCGCGAAUUUGCUAAGAGAUGUGGAGUGCUUACUAUUGAGAUUGAGCAUGUUGAUGCUAUUACUCUUGAAAAAUUGGAGAAAGAGGGAGUAGACUGCCAGCCUAAACCUUCGACGAUAAGAAUAAUCCAAGACAAAUAUAACCAGAAGAUUCACUUUUCUCAACAUGGGAUUCCCCUUCCUGAUUUUCAAAAGAUAGAUAGCCAUGAAAGCGCUGAAGAAGCAGCCAAUGUAUUUGGUUUCCCAAUGAUGGUUAAAAGUAGAAGGCAAGCUUAUGAUGGGCGCGGAAAUGCUGUCGCUAGUCGUAAAGAAGAGCUUCCUUCUGUUAUUGCAGCAUUGGGUGGAUUUGAAAGGGGCUUAUAUGUUGAGCGAUGGACUUCAUUUACUAAAGAGCUCGCAGUCAUUGUUGCAAGGGGAAGGGAUGGUUCACUUUUAUGCUAUCCUGUGGUUGAAACUAUUCACAAAGAUAGCAUUUGUCACAUUGUUGAAGCUCCUGCUGAUGUACCUGAAAAAAUAAGAAAAGUUUCUAUCGACGUCGCUCAGAGAGCUGUUAAUUCCCUCGAGGGGGCAGGGGUCUUUGCGGUGGAGUUAUUUUUAACAAAUGAUGGACAGGUUUUGCUAAAUGAAGUUGCUCCUAGACCUCAUAACAGUGGGCAUCACACCAUAGAGUCUUGCUAUACCUCUCAAUAUGAGCAGCACCUAAGAGCUGUUCUCGGCCUUCCGCUCGGCGAGACAUCCAUGAAGAUCCCUUCUGCAAUCAUGUACAACAUACUCGGCGAGGACGAGGGAGAGCGAGGGUUCAAUUUAGCUCAUCAAUUAAUGAAGAAAGCAUUAAGCAUUCCUGGAGCCAGAGUUCAUUGGUAUGAUAAACCAGAAAUGCGGAAGCUUCGAAAGAUGGGGCAUAUCACACUUGUGGGACCCUCAAGGAACACCGUCAAAAAGCGCUUGGAUUUGAUGUUGAAUCGAGAAAGCAUCGAAAGCAACACUCAAGACACCCCUCAAGUUUCCAUUAUUAUGGGCUCUGAUUCUGAUCUUCCAACAAUGAAGGAUGCUGCAGAGAUCUUGAAUUCUUUUCAUGUGCCAUUUGAGAUAACAAUUGUUUCGGCUCAUCGAACACCUGAGAGGAUGUAUUCUUUUGCUUUGUCUGCAAAGGAAAGGGGCAUUCAGAUCAUCAUCGCCGGUGCCGGCGGCGCCGCUCAUUUACCUGGCAUGGUGGCUUCAUUGACUCCCUUGCCUGUUAUAGGAGUUCCAAUUAGGACGUCUUCAUUAGAUGGAGUUGACUCACUCUUGUCUAUUGUGCAGAUGCCUAAAGGCAUCCCAGUUGCUACAGUUGCAAUAGGCAAUGCAGCAAAUGCAGCUCUUUUAGCAGUCAGAAUGCUGGCGGCUAGAGAUGAUGAAUUGUGGGAAAGAGUGAUUGAAUAUCAAGAAGAAUUGAAGGAUGCUGUGCUGAAGAAAGCAGAGAAAUUGGAAGGAGAAGGUUGGGAGACAUAUUUAAAUGCUUGACAGAGAUAUACGGCUGCUACAUGCAGGCAGAUUAUGAAGGGUUUUCAUUUUUGAGAUUCUAAUUUAAAAAAAAAAAAAUUGUAAUAAUUUAUAAUUUAU